AUGGAGGAUGACUACAGGAAGGAGUUUUCGAGAAAUCCAACAGAAUCGCAACAUAGUGAAGAACCAAAUGAAGAAUUUACCAUUUAUAAAAUUAAAAAUACCUUACGCACGUUAGACCAACCGAUUGAGCAAUAUGGGAUCGCAAAUUAUUUCUUGAACUAUUACAACGGGGGUGAUAACAAUGAGGAGUGCAAAAGUGAGGGAAAAUUCGGAUCUCCCUCGGAUGAGGUGCCGUCUCCUUGCCACAGUUUAGCAGAUAGAGACGAGUUAAAAAAUAGUGAUCAGGGAAGCACCAAUAGGGGGAGUCCUUGA